AUGGUUGAUACUGUGAACAUUAUUUGGAAAACAACCGGCCGUAAUACGUCUACAAGCGCAGUGGUUCAUUGGUCAGCUGACAGUCUACGCCAUUUUGGGUUGACAAUGAAAUUUGCCUACAAACAGGAGCGCACCUUCGAGGAACGGCUGCAGGAGGGGGAAAAAAUUAGCAAGCGUUAUCCCAAUUGCGUUCCAGUAAUUGUGGAGAAAUCGCCUCGGGCAAAUGUUCCAAAUCUUGAUAGGAACAAGUAUCUUGUUCCCGUCGAUUUGACUGUUGGUCAGUUUUACUAUCUUAUUCGCAAGCGGAUAGAACUAAAGCCGGAACAGGCACUCUUUUUCUUUGUUGAUAACACGAUUCCACCCACAAGCGCUACAAUGGGCGCUCUGUACGAGGAGUACCGGGACUCGGACAAAUUUCUCUACAUUGCCUACAGCGAUGAAAGUGUCUACGGCUAA